AUGGAGGUCGCAGAAGAGAUUGAGUACGAGGGGCUGGACCCGAACGCCGGCCUUGCGGUGAAUAUGAUGGCGGGCGCGCUGGCCGGCAUCACAGAACACGCUGUCAUGUUUCCUGUAGACAGUAUCAAAACCCGGAUGCAGGUCUUCGCCACCUCACCAUCGGCGGUCUACACCGGGAUCGGGAAUGCGUUCACUCGCAUUUCCAGCACGGAGGGCAUGCGUGCGCUCUGGCGGGGCGUGUCCUCUGUGAUCAUGGGCGCAGGCCCAGCGCAUGCCGUCCACUUUGGGAUGUACGAAGCGGUGAAGGAGCUCGGUGGCGGAAACGUGGCGGGCAACAGGAAUCAGUGGUUGGCAACAUCAUUAGCAGGAGCAUCUGCGACAAUAGCAAGCGAUGCGUUGAUGAACCCCUUCGAUGUCAUUAAGCAACGCAUGCAAGUCCACGAAUCACAAUUCCGCUCCGCCUUCACCUGCGCACGCACCGUCUACGCACGCGAGGGUCUCUCCGCCUUCUACAUCUCCUACCCCACCACGCUUACCAUGACCGUGCCCUUCACCGCCGUCCAGUUCACCGCGUACGAGCAGCUCAAGGCGUUCCUCAACCCGUCCGGCGUGUACUCGCCCGUCUCGCACAUGAUCGCGGGCGGCCUGGCGGGCGGAGUCGCCGGCGCGGUCACGACGCCGCUCGACGUCGCGAAGACACUCCUCCAGACACGAGGCACGAGCGCGGACCCGGAGAUUCGCGGCGCGCGGGGGAUGGGGGACGCGUUCAGGAUCAUCUUGGCGAGGGAUGGGUGGAGGGGUUUUGGCCGCGGGCUGACGCCGCGGGUGUUGACGUUCAUGCCGAGCAAUGCGCUAUGCUGGUUGUCAUAUGAGUUCUUUAAGGCUGCAAUACGAGAGGAUUAA